AUGACCGGACUACGCUCCGAUCGCAUCUGGCUCGGGAGACGGCGCGAGCGACUCUUCCCUUUCCGCCUCGACAUGCAGGAAAUCGCAUCGGACGGUCUGCUUAUCCCUCGGCAUCCCACCGCAUCUCACCUCGCCUCGCAGUCGCAGUCGCACAGAGGCAGUCAGUUGCUUGGCCCAUGUGGCCACCGCUCUGCCAGACCCCAGCCUAUUGACGCUUCUCAACAGCCACAUUCGGCCGUCGCUGCAGCCGUGGGUCGAAGCUUCUGGGGGCUACUGCAGCCACUGCAUACUCUCUGCAUGCACCCGGCCGUGAUCCCUUCUAUUUGCGCCCCCAGUAUAUCUGUACAGUACAGACUACAGGCUGGUGGCCACCAAGACCAAGACCUACACCUCGACCAAGACCAUUCAGAAGACCAGCAGAGGGCAUACACUGCAAGCUGGAUGCAUAACCACAGCCAGACCGAGCCACGUUCGUUGUCGAGGCCCACAUACCAAGCCGCGCCGUUACUGGCGACUGCAAGGUGCCGUGAGGUCAGGAAGGCAGGCGGUCAGCCGCCCAUCACCCGUCCUCGACCUUGUCGUCCUCGUUCUACACUAGUCUUCCACCACACAACGGUGCCCGUAUCCAUGUCGGUACGUGGAAGCAGCAGCUCAGGUACCUUGCACAACCGGCCUAACGCCGACAAAUGGGAAGCUAGAACGCCCUACCUGACCUUGACUGCUGAUGCUUCUGCGUCGGCUGCCGCUGCUACUUGCUCAUCUACUGCUACGCUACGGCUAAGCUACGCUGCGCUACCCCCAAAGCUCCUCGGGAGCCAGUGCUACUGUCCCGCGGGGCUAACAGAGAGGUAG